AUGUUCGAUGAUGCUGUACAUUCGGCAGUUAAUCAAUCAAAAUGUCCACCGGAUCCACAACAUUUUGAUGACUUUGUUUUAAAAGCCUUUGAAAAGCAACCAAAUAUCAGUGAACCUCACUUCUACUCACAAGCAUUUGAUGUAAUUCGUGCAUUGUGUAAACGAUUAGGAGUAUGUUCUAGCUUGGAGACAACUCUAGCAGGAUUCAUUUUCGAUGAGUUAGAUUGGUGUAACAGUAGUUUCACGGGUUAUAUGAACGAUACAAUCUCCUGUGGUUGUGACAGUAAUAAAACAGUGAUAGAUGCAUUCUGGAGAAGUGCAUCUGCUGAAUAUGCUAAAAGAGCAUUCGGCAAGGUUGUUGUUGUACUGAAUGGAUCUGUAGAACAUCCGUUUAGAGAACAUGGUGUCUUUGCAAGUGUUGAGCUACCACAGCUAACAUAUCCUCGUAUUCAACAAUUGACUGUGAAGGUAAUUCAUAAUCUUGGCGAACAGAAAUAUAACCACACUUGUGAAUCACCUAACAUUAAAAAACUUGAAGAGAAAGUGAAGUCUAAGAAUAUCACAUAUCACUGUAUAGAUGAGCCAGCGUAA